AAUGGCGAAAAGGUUAUAGAUUAGAUUCCAGGAAUGAAAGAUAUCCGUUUAAAGGAGCUCCCAACCUUUUUUCGAACUUCAGAUCCUGACGACAUCAUGUUUAACUUCAUAAUGGAAUCAACCGAUAGAGCUCAUAAAGCUUCUGCAGUUGUUCUUCAUACUUUUGAUACCUUGGAGCCAGAUGUUUUGGGGGCUCUCUCAUCUAUGCUUCCACUUGUUUAUCCAAUUGGCCCUCUUCAAUUACAUCUCAAUCAAAUACCAGAACACCCCUUGAAUAUUGGAUAUAGUCUAUGGAAAGAAGAAACAGAAUGCCUCGACUGGCUAAACACUAAGGCGCCAAAUUCAGUUGUGUAUGUGAAUUUUGGCAGUAUAACAGUUACGACACCUGAACAUCUUGUCGAGUUUGGCUGGGGACUUGCAAACAGCAAGGUUCCCUUCUUUUGGGUAAUUAGACCUGAUUUGGUUAUUGGCCAAUCAGCGCUUUUGCCGGCUGAGUUUUUGGCUGAAACAAAAGAAAGAAGUCUCAUUGCGAGUUGGUGCCCACAAGAGCAAGUCCUGAACCACCCAUCAGUGGGAGGAUUUUUAACACACAGCGGUUGGAAUUCAACCAUGGAGAGCCUCACUGCAGGAGUGCCUAUGCUCUGUUGGCCAUUCUUUGGCGACCAGCAGAUGGACUGCCGCUAUAGUUGCAAUGAAUGGGACAUUGGCCUGGAAAUUAGUAAUGAUGUAAAGAGGGAUGAAGUAGAGAGGCUUGUCAAAGAGUUAAUGGAUGGGCAGAAGGGUAAGAAGAUGAAAAAUAAGGCCAUGAUGUGGAAGAAGCUUGCAGAAGAAGUUACUAGUCCACAUGGUUCUUCAUCCAAAAACUUAGCCAUGCUAGUGAAUCAAGUGCUACUAAGAAAAACUUGACGUCAUCUGUAAGAAUAUUUCUGGUCAUGUA